CGCGCUUGGGGGUGGUGCUGAAAAAGAAGAGGAAAAAAUCGAGCUCUCUGACACGGCUGAGUCUUUCGGUGUCUAUAUGGUUGUACCACCACGAUAAGCUGUGUCUUUGUCAGUGCGAGAGGGGAGGGUCUAGGAACCGGGGGCCCAGCGGGACGACAUCGGUCAUAACGCCACAAGGGAAUGACCUCGAUCAUGUCGUCGUUAGUUCGUCUUCUUCUCCCGGCUGUAUUGGGGCUGGUACCGUCCCUAUUCGCGCCGUCUGCGAGCGCCGUCGCCGUCGGCGGCAUUGCGCCGAGGUGCAAAUGUCUGCCCACCGACCCCUGCUGGCCGUCGGUAAAGACCUGGGACGCCUUCAACCGCACCGUGGGUGGCCGUCUCAUCGCUACCGUUCCCCUGGGCUCGCCGUGCCACGACCCGACGUUCGAUGAAGAGAAGUGCAACUUUCUGAGAGAGCAGUGGCACGAUUCCGCGAUCCAUCUGGAAUCCUCGUCAUCGGUGAUGGCUCCGAUAUUCGCAAACCAGAGCUGCGACCCGUGGCAGCAGCCGCGCAGCACCCCCUGCGCACUCGGCAAUUACGUGAGCUACGCCGUCGAGGUCUCGGGCGCCGCCGACAUCGCUGCCACCCUCCGUUUCGCGCGUGAGCGUAACCUGCGCUUCGUCGUCCGUAACACGGGCCAUGACUAUCUCGGACGGUCGACUGGCGCCGGCGCCCUCGCUGUCUGGACGCGUCGCCUUAAGAGCAUCGAGGUCGUCAACUGGCGCGACCCCCCCUUCUAUUCGGGCAAGGCGAUGCGCCUCGGCGCCGGCGUCCUCGGCUACGAGGCCCUCGCGGCCGCCCGCGCCGCCGGCCUCGUCGUGCUCACGGGCGAGUGUCCUUCCGUCGGCGUCGCUGGCGGCUACGUCCAGGGUGGUGGCCACUCGGCGCUGAGCACGAGCUUUGGGCUCGCGGCCGACAACACGCUGUCCUUCGAUGUUGUCACGCCGAGGGGAAAGCUGCUAACGGCGUCGCGCACGAAGAAUAGCGACCUCUAUUGGGCGCUGAGCGGCGGCGGCGGCGGCGCCUUCGGUGUGGUAGUCGCUAUCACGGUGCGCGCGCACCCGGACACCGUCGUCAGCGGCGCCUCGUUCGAUAUUAACGUCCCCUCUUCCUCAUGCUCGUCUUCCCCAUGCGAAGGAGAAAAUGGUAAACAGAACCUCCUCUCUGAGGUGAUCGAUACCUUCCACGCGGCGCUGCCGGCCAUCGUCGAUGCCGGCGCCAUGGUCAUCUACUUCUUCGGCGAUGGGUUCCUACGUGUUCCGGCGUUGACGGCGUACGGCAAGACACGCGAGGACGUAGCGCAGAUGCUGACACCGCUGGGGAAUGCGCUAGCCGCGCUCAACGUCACGCUCGCGCCGACGCUGACCCAGUUCGACAGCUAUGGAGACCACUACAACCACUACUGGGGCCCGCCGCCUGCAGGCAACAUCGAGGUCGGUACGCAGCUCUUCGGUGGGCGCUUGAUCCCGCGCUCGGAACUCCCGAGCUUCGGCCCCGCCUCGCGGAAGCUUGUCGAGCUCGGCGUUGUGUUCAUCGGCGUCGGGCUCGACGUGUCUCGGUUCGGGAGGGGUGGGAGAGGCAAGAAAGGCGGCGGCGAGAGAGUGAACGCGGUGCUGCCACAGUGGCGCGACACCCUCGUCUCUGCGUCGCUUACCCUCGCCUGGGGCUCUCAGGACCCUUUCGAGCAAGGUUUGGCCGAACAGCGGCGCAUCACCGAUGUCAUCCAGCCCAUCAUCGAGGCCGCGACGCCCGGCUCCGGCGCGUACAUCAACGAGGCCGACUUCCGCCAGCCCGACUGGCAAGACGUAUUCUACGGCGCCAACUACCCCGCGCUGCUGCGCGUCAAGCAGAAGUAUGACCCAGACCGGCUGCUAUACGGCGCCGUCACAGUCGGCAGCGAGUUCUGGACUGUCAGCGAGGAGGGGCGCAUGUGCAGGGCCGAUGGGGGCAGAGCUCCCGCCACCGACACGGACGGUGAUGACCAGGCCGCGGAAAUGCGAGUACAGCUGCCCUAGAAGCCUCCUUGUCCUCCGGAACUUACCAGACCGCAGAGGCA